AUGGCAACGAAGGCGGCUAAGAAGACCACGGCGACGAGCUCGAGUACCACCGAGCGUACAUCGCAAUUUAGCACAUCAACGCCGAGACCAUCGAGUCCCCUGAGUCCGACCCGGGUCACUCGUUUACAAGAAAAACAAGAUCUACAGAAUCUCAAUGACCGACUGGCUUGUUACAUCGAUAAAGUGCGGCAGUUGGAAGCCGAGAAUUCCAGGCUUACGCGGGAGGUACAGACGGCGCAGGAGACUAUCACCCACGAAGUCUCCACCAUAAAGUCUAUGUACGAACAUGAAUUAUCGGAUGCAAGGAAAUUGUUAGACGACACUGCGAGGGAACGUGCGAAAUUGGAGAUUGAUACCAAACGACUGUGGGACAACAAUGAAGAACUUAAGGCGAAGUUGGAAAAGAAAUUGCUGGAGCUGCAAGUUGCCGAAAGAAAUGCAACGUUGUAUGAGACGCGCUGCCGUGAUUUGCAAACACAAUUUAAUCAAUCUGAGGCAGAGCGUAAAAAGGCAACUGAGAAAGCGAGAGGACUUGAACAAGAAAAUGAAAAGUUGAACGCAGCAUUGGAAGAUGCUCGUAAACAUCUAGCGGAGGAGACGUUACAACGUAUUACCCUCGAAAAUAGUAUUCAAAGCUUGAGAGAAGAAGCCAGUUUCAGGGAUCAGAUGCAGCAACAAGUAUUAACAGAGACACGCACAAAGAGACAGAUCGAAAUAUCGGAGAUAGAUGGUCGCCUCGCCGAACAAUACGAAGCUAAGUUGCAACAAUCUUUACAUGAAUUACGCGAACAAUAUGAAGCUCAGAUGCGAGCUAAUAGAGAGGAAAUAGAAUUGUUAUAUGAAAAUAGGCUUAAGAUGACAGCUCAGAAUCAACGUAACAGUGGAGCAGCAAGUUUAGCUGUUGAAGAAUGUAGACAAACCAUUGAUAAGCUCAAUCGAAAGAUUAAUGAACUCGAGGGAGCAAAUGCGACUUUCAACUCGCGGAUAAGAGAUUUAGAAAACAUACGCGAAAAUGAGAAGAUCCGUUACGCAGAAAGUAUAGCAGCUUUGGAAUCUGAAUUAGCACGCAUACGCGAGCAAAUGUCUCAACAGCUACAGGAGUAUCAAGAUCUCAUGGAUAUUAAGGUUGCACUUGAUUUGGAAAUAGCUGCGUAUCGAAAACUUUUGGAAUCUGAAGAAGCAAGAUUAAAUAUCAUGCCUCAAUCAAGCUCAGCAGGAUCUAGUGGUAGAACUACCCCUUCGAGAUAUACACCAUUGAGAGGUGGAAAAAGGAAACGCACUCUGUUGGAGGAAAGUGAGGAACGUAGCAGUACUGAUUACAGUGUAUCAGGAACAUCUAGAGGAGAUAUAGAAAUCGCAGAAGCUGAUCCCCAAGGACGAUACGUAAAGCUUACUAACAAAGGCAACAAGGAAGUAGGACUCAGUGGAUGGCAAAUUAUUCGUAAAGCUGGUUCUUUGGAAACAGUAUUCAAGUUCCAUCGUACUGCGAAGUUGGAAGCAGGUGGCAAUGUAAUGGUUUGGUCAUCAGAUAUUGGUGCCACACAUGAGCCACCGUCCAACAUUGUAAUGAAGGGUCAAAAAUGGUUUACAGCAGAUACCAUGACAACUGUACUACUUAACAACGAGGGAGAAGAUAUGGCUACUUCAGAGUGUAAAAGGCAACAGUUGUCUAGAUCUGUUUCUCGGCAUAGGGAUUUGGGUUUUCGGCCUUCUGAAGAGCUCCAUCAUCAACAGAGAAGACAUCUCUACCUAUAUUAAGUAGGCGAGCGAACGGUUCUGAUGGGUCAGUUUAUGGUGACCCCCGAGGAGAGGAAUUUUGUCGCCUUAUGUGAACAUAAAGCUACCUUAAGAUUUCUAACAGCACGUUCUGAAAAUGCUUGAGAAAAACAUGUGAGAGCCACGUUUAUGAAAUCGAGUCACCGAAGUUUUAUCAAUAUAAAGAAUUCGUAUAACGAUAUCGAUGAUAUAUUUUGCUUAAGAAAAUAAUAAAGAAGAGAUUAAAAACAGAAUUCACAACCACAUGUUAGUACUUUAUACUUCUAGGAAUAUGUGCAACACACGAAAAGAAACUGUUCUGUAAUAUAAUGUUUCAAAUCAAACUUAACCGAGAGUUUCACGAUGAUUGAAACGAUUUAUUGCAUUUACGUAGUUGCACUUCGUACAAAACUUAUUUGCCCGUUACAUCAGAGUUACUACUUUAUAUGGGAUUAAGAGUUCGAAUAAUCAUUUCAGCGAGAUUUAUAACUAUUUUUGGCAUACCAUUUGUUUCUUCCCUAGUCGUUGUCGUGCCUUUUAAAAUACAAAGAAAAGCAAAAAACAAAAGAAACUUUUGUUCUUAGUAGAUAAUAUUUAUUUUUAAGUACAAACCCGGAUGCAUCAGGAGCAAUGGUGUCGUAUGGUUUUAUUCAUUCAAUUGACAGAAACUUAUUUUUUGACGCGUAUACUACAACAUAUUGGAGUUUCUCGUUAACUGAUACGAGAACGAUAAAAAGUUAUGUUCAAAACAAAAUCUGUAUCUGCUCCGUCAUCCGGAACAUCAUUUUGUUAAUUGUAUUCGACUUUAUACCAUUUAUACCAAUAAAAAAGUAUCUAUUAUUAACCAUAAAAA